GAAACAAUAACACAAAGUAUGUUUCUAUUGUGUAAAAGUCCAGCAUACAUUACGUUCAGCCAGGUCUGCGCAGCAGGGUAUUAAGUUGAAUGAGCCUAAUGUUUCAGAAUUUCCAGGAUGGAAUGUAGCAUAAAAGUAACAUUUAGAACCUGAACUCUUUCUGAUUGAAUGCACGAGGCUACGGUGCAGUACCUAUGUGCAGUACGGACAGUAAUGGUCGCAGAUAAUUCGCGAAUUUGAUUUUGUUUUCAGAGAUUCAAAUUAUGUUGGCCAGUUUCAGACAUUCGAUAGCUGACACUUGGCUUUUCAGGGGACUCUAUCGUUUUAUCUACACGAGGAAUUCUGACAUAAAUCAAUUUGUCAUGGAAAACACCGAAAUUGUUAGCGACAAUACUUUAACCCCUGAAAUCCGUUUGAGCCUCUUCACUCCAAAGUGCCGAUUUUGGCAAGCACGACCAGAUACAUGGCCCUUUUCAGACCCUUAUUGGGCAAUAUACUGGCCUGGAGGGCAAGCGCUUUCAAGGUAUUUGUUAGAUAACCCUGAGGUCUCCAGAGGGAAAAAAGUGCUGGAUCUCGGUAGUGGUUGUGGAGCAUCAGCUAUUGCUGCAAAGAUGUGCAGUGCUUCUCAUGUGGUUGCCAAUGACAUAGAUACAGUUGCUGCUGUAGCUAUACAGCUGAACUGUGAACUUAACAAUCUGGAGCCGAUUCCCUGUGUCACUGACAAUCUCAUUGGAUCUGAACCUGAGCACUGGGAUCUCAUCUUGCUUGGAGACAUGUUCUAUGAUGAAGACCUGGCUGACAGUUUGCAUACUUGGCUGCAGAUGUGCAUCAAAGUCCACAACACGCAAGUGUACAUUGGUGACCCUGGACGUGCACAGUUUGAAAACCACAGGAUUAAAAACUUCAUCAAAUUACUGGCCCAGUACACAUUACCAGAAUCAGUUAGAGAGGAGAACUAUGGACUAACCAGUAGUACUGUUUGGCUUUACAAACCAGAUGUGUAACCCUUGCGAGUGCACUUGUCCAAAUUCUCUCUUUAGAGCAGGUCAAUCAAUUCUGAUGGAUUCUUUUUUUUAGCUUUUGCACAAGUAUCGGGCGCCUGUAGAAGGAUAAAGUAAGACCAUUAAAACCAUUGCAAUGGGUAAAUUAGAAACUCAAUGUUAACUUUGUGAAUCACAAACUCAAACAGAAGGUAUCAUGGCAGUUACCUGCCAGACCUGAAAACAUAUUUUUCCCUCUAUACCAUGGUAGACAGCUCAUAUUUUAUUAUUGUGCACACAGUUAGUCAUGGCAAUGA